CCGACCCGCAGGCACGGGGACCGCGCGCGCCCGGCCGGGGACCCGCCGAACCGAACCCGCGCCCCCGCCUCCCCCUUGGUGUUCAGAACCGUUUUCUGGCGGCACCAGAACUCGGGCUCCUCCCGCACGGCGGGCGCUGCUCGGCAGUAACUCCGUCUCCCGGAGCCGCGAGCUUCCCUCCGGCCCGCCCGCCCCUGGCGCCCGAGUUGGUUUGUUUUGCGCGCAGCAGCGGGAGCCGACGGGUUUGGGCUCUUUUUGGUUUUUUUCUUCUUCCCUCUGUUUCUUUCCCUCUCAUUGCUUUUUCUCCCCAAGCAGAUCGCUUUCCCCUCUUCCUGCCUCUUCCCUCCGCGCUCUCUCCCUCCCGCCCUGGGUCCCUCCCCGGACGGCUCUGCGCUCCCUGCGCCGCCGCCGCCUCCUCCGCGGUCCCCGCCGCCCGCGCCCGCCCUCGGAUGCGCUGAGAGCCCCCGGCGCGAGUUUAUGGAAAUAGUGGGGUGCCGAGCCGGAGACGACACGUGUCCCUUCCGCCCCCCAGCCAUGCUCUUCCACGGCAUCUCCGGAGGCCACAUCCAGGGCAUCAUGGAGGAGAUGGAGCGCAGAUCCAAGGGCGAGGCCCGCCUGGCCAAGGGCGCGCAGCUCAACGGCCGCGACGCGGGCCUGCCCCCGCUGAGCCCCGAGAAGCCCGCGCUGUGUGCCGGUUGCGGGGGCAAGAUCGCCGACAGGUACUACCUGCUGGCGGUUGACAAGCAGUGGCACCUGCGCUGCCUCAAGUGCUGCGAGUGCAAGCUUGCCCUGGAGUCCGAGCUCACCUGCUUCGCCAAGGACGGCAGCAUUUACUGCAAGGAGGACUACUACCGGAGGUUCUCCGUGCAGCGAUGUGCCCGCUGCCACCUGGGCAUCUCCGCCUCCGAGAUGGUCAUGCGCGCGCGCGACGCCGUCUACCACCUGAGCUGUUUCACCUGCUCCACCUGCAGCAAGACGCUGGCCACGGGCGACCACUUCGGCAUGAAGGACGGCCUGGUCUACUGCCGCGCGCACUUCGAGAGCCUCCUGCACGGGGAGUUCCCGGCGCCGCUGAGCUACACGGAGCUGGCGGCCAAGGGCGGCGGCCUGGCGCUGCCUUACUUCAACGGCACGGGCACCGUGCAGAAGGGGCGGCCCCGCAAGCGGAAGAGCCCGGCCUUGGGCGUGGACAUCGUCAAUUACAGCUCAGGUUGCAACGAGAAUGAGGCCGACCCCCUGGACCGCGACCAGCAGCCCUACCCGCCCUCGCAGAAGACCAAGCGCAUGCGCACCUCCUUCAAGCACCACCAGCUGCGGACCAUGAAGUCCUACUUCGCCAUCAACCACAACCCGGACGCCAAGGACCUCAAACAGCUCGCCCAGAAGACGGGCCUCACCAAGCGAGUGCUGCAGGGAGAACAAAUCUUGGGGUAUUACAGCCAAACAUCCCGACGAUUGAAAAUUCCCUAAAGUAUUAAAAGAAGGGGAAAGUUUGAUCGGAAAUCCACAGCAGUGAAGACAAAGACAAAUAUUAGGUUAUGCUAAUCACACACUCUAAAAACCGAUUGAGCCAAAAAAAAAAAAAAAAAAAAGAGCGAGAGAGAGACUUAAAUGUCAUUUCCUGAUGGUGAACAAUAAAUAAUUCUGUUCUUUAUGAUGCCGAACACACACACACACACACACACACACACACACACACACACACACACACACGGGGGCUUCACGUGAUGUGGCUUAAAACGAAACGAGAUACACCGUGUGUAUAAACAGAGCCACCCGGCAGCCGUACGCCCGCCUCACCCCUGAAGCCAGUUAUUCUCGGAAAAGCAGACCCCGCACACUUGUCAAGCACAGUGCAGCCCCCCCACCUUCCUCUCACCUGCUUGCUCACGUGUCCUGGUCCUACCUGUGAAGGCAUCUUCCAAUUGUAAAGUCAGAGCCACCCCAGGCCUCACUGGAGAGAGUAGGGAGUCACCCCCCUCCCCGCGACCCCCCUCCCCCCGUAAUUCUAGUCUUGUUUAUCCCUUUCGAAUCAGAGAUCUCUGCAUGUACCUCUCCACCUGCCACUCCCCGUGUGCGCCUCUGUAUGAAGACUUCUCUUUGCUGUUUCCUGUAUGAUAAGUAGCUUUCACGAAUAAACAUUGCCUGCGAUGCGAGCAGAGUUCACUGUAUGUGAGAGACACACACAGGGUUGAGGUGAACGUUGCACGCCGUCUCCAGGAGGCGGCGCCGCGCAUCUCCAACUUGUGAGACCUAGGAGACCGGUCGAGUUGGGUUUGACUGUCGAGGUUCCGUGCUGGUAGUCUAGGAUGCCAUUGCUGACCUGGUUUUGAACGUUUCAUGGACCAAUGGACGUGUAUUUAAAAAGAAAAGAAAAAAAAACACACACACA